CUCCGGCGCGGUUUGACCGUGGCGUUGGCAGGUGGAGGCGGCAUCAGCUGCGUGCUGCAGGACGGCGAGGUCUUCGAGAAGGCGGGCGUGAACGUGUCCGUGGUGUUCGGGGUCCUGUCCGAGGAGGCGGCGCGGCAGAUGAGAAGCAGGGGGAAGUCUCUGAAGGCCAAAGACGGGAAACUGCCUUUUUGCGCCAUGGGCGUGAGCUCUGUUAUCCAUCCAAAGAACCCUCACGUUCCAACCAUGCACUUCAACUACAGAUACUUUGAAAUCGAAGAAGCAGACGGAACUAAACAGUGGUGGUUUGGUGGUGGGACUGACCUCACUCCAACUUACCUGAAUGAAGAGGAUGCCGUUCAUUUUCACCAGACUCUGAAAGAAGCCUGUGACAAGCAUGAUCUGAAGCUGUAUCCCAAGUACAAGAAAUGGUGUGACGACUACUUCUAUAUCAAGCACCGUGGUGAGCGAAGAGGGAUUGGAGGCAUAUUCUUUGAUGACGUGGACUCUCCCUCCAAGGAGGAAGUAUUCCAGUUUGUGAAGAGUUGUGCCAAAGCUGUUGUGCCUUGUUACAUUCCCAUUGUGAAAAGGCACUGCCAUGACUCCUUCACACCAGAGGAAAAGCUGUGGCAGCAGCUUCGGAGAGGACGGUACGUGGAGUUCAACUUGAUUUAUGACAGAGGUACAAAGUUUGGCCUCCUGACACCAGGAUCAAGAAUCGAAAGCAUUCUUAUGUCUCUGCCACUGACUGCAAGGUGGGAGUACAUGCACACCCCUCCAGAGAGCUCAAAAGAAGCAGAAAUCCUGGAGGUUUUGCGCAAUCCCAAAGACUGGGUGCACUGACACAGACUGUGAACAAGAUGGAUUGCUUACACUGAGCCAUUAUGAAAGAACAAAAAAAAACCAGCUCAUUCAAGCUGCUGUUGCAUGGCAUUUUAGUGUAUCUAUUUAUACUUUUACCUGAUGCCUUAACAAUGCUGUAGACUUGUUACAACUUGCAAAUAUGUGAACUCAUUCUUUAAGAUUCAUCAGCUAAUGUUAUCACCCCGUGUUGAUGUUGCCCUGUGAAGGACUGGUGAUGCCCUCACAG